GUCAUAUGUUUGCUUAGCAAGAACUUCUUCAUACCCAAAUGCUUUGUCUCCAUCAAAUGAAAGAAGAGCUUCUCUUAUAUUUCGUUCACACGAGAAUCCCUAACAUAGCGUCUCUAUAAUAAUAUCCAGUUAAGGAAUAGUGUGCUGGUGAAUUGAGCUUCUUACAAUUGUAAACUUUCAUAAAAGAUUUUGAGAGUUGGCUUGUAGUCUUCUCCAUCAAUAUAUUCAACCAUGGCAAUGAAGAUGAAGGGCAUCUACAAAAGCUUCAAAUCCAUCUCUCAAAUGUUUGUUGUGAAAGAAAGAGAUCUAGAGAUUGGGUACCCAACAGAAGUAAAACAUGUGGCCCAUGUUGGUUGGGAGGGCUCCUCUGGCAGUGCUCCUUGUUGGAUGAGUGACUUUACGGCAGGACCAGAGGUUUUAUCUCCAAGAGCAUCAUCUUUUGGUCAUGCAAGACAUUCAGAUUCUUUCUUCACCACUUCUGCUUCCAGUGAUUUUGAUGAGGGAUCAAACCAAGUUACUAUACCGGAUAGGAUAAGAGAUGUACCACCAAUUCCAUUAGGUUUAAGCAAGAUUCACACUAAGAGCAAGAAUAGGAGAAAGAAACCAUCUUCGACAUCAUCGCCAAGAUCCAAAUUACCAUCUCCAAAAUCGUCGAGAUCAAUGGGUUUAUCUAAAUCCUCGCAUAAAUCAAUGAUAUCUCGGUUAAACUCUAAUGCAUAACUAGAGUACUGAACUAAUAUAUAUCAAAGCUUGUGUCACAUCUUUUCCAUAAGGGGAUUUUGUUUUGCGUAGUUUCUUGUGAUUUUUAUUUUGUUCAAAGUGUUUGUUUUCGUUGUUUCUCAUAUUUGCUCAACUUCUGUGUACAUUGUAG